AUCUCAUCCAUCAUGAUGGCUGUCGUAUAUGCAGGAGGUCCCCUCAGUAGUGUAUUGGUGAAUAAAUAUGGCAGCCGGCCAGUGGUGAUGUGCGGAGGGUUAUUGUGCUGUGUUGGAAUGACCUUAGCUUCUUACAGCAACACUGUGACAGAACUUUACCUCACUGCUGGCGCCACUACUGGCUUAGGAUUAGCAUUCAACCUGCAACCAGCCUUAACGAUAAUCGGACAGUACUUUUACAGGAAACGCCCCUUGGCAUUUGGCUUAGCCAUGACUGGAAGUCCUGUUUUCUUAAGCACCCUGGCUACUCUAAGUCAGUUUCUAAAUGGCUACUAUGGCUGGAGGGGAAGCUUCCUCAUUUGGGGAAGUGUGCUUUUACACAUCUGUGUGACUGGAUCCCUCAUGAAACCAGUCUCGAAAACUUCACCUGCCUCGUCUAGUAAAAGUAAGAUUGUUUCACAAUCUGAGCAAAAUGAGAAGAAACCCAAGUUAACAGUAGGAGACAGGAUUAAUAAGUUGUUAGAUUUUAAGCUAUUCAAGCACAGAGGAUUUAUGAUCUACGUUAUUGGAAAUUCCAUUAUGUUUUCAGGGGUCUAUGGCCCUAUUUUAUUCUUGACUCCAUAUGCUAAGAGCAGAGGAAUAGAUGAUUCCUCAAAUCUAUUGCUGCUUGUGAUGGCUUUUUUCGAUAUGUGUGCUCGGCCUAUUGGAGGAUUAAUAGCCAACACUAAGUUUAUCCGUGCACGGGUCCAGUAUUACUUCAGCGCAUCAGUCCUCUUCACUGGCAUAUGCACUUUCCUCUGCCCCCUGGCAGACAGCUACAUAGCUUUGGUGAUCUACUCUGUAUUUUUGGGGCUUGGAGUUGGAAGCCUUUCCUCUGUCAUCUUCGAAUCUCUCAUGGACCUCGUUGGACCUGCUAGGUUUUCCAGUGCCCUGGGACUCGUCACACUCAUAGAGUGUGGCCCACUUCUUUUCGGUCCUCCUUUUGCUGGUAAAUUGGUCGAUUUGACUGGAGAGUAUAAAUACAUGUACCUAGCCUGUGGGACAAUCGUGAUAAUAGCGGGCAUGUGGCUAUUCAUUGGCAAUGCUGUAAACUAUAACCUUCUCAGAAAGGAAAGGAAGAAAGAGAAACACAGGAUGAGGAAAGCAGCUAGGAAGUUGGCCAGAGAAGCUGAGGCUUUGAAACAAUCUCUCCACGAAGAUACUGUUGUCACAUUGUCAAAAGAACCAAGUCCUCUCUUACACAGAAAUACCGAAAGUAAUAUUUAA